UUUCCAGCUUCCACUUUCUGACCAGUAGAAGAGAAUCGCGUUUUUAGCUGAAACGGGGAAAGGCUUUAACUAGGCGAAAUGAUCGACGUAAUGGUUGCUUGAUAGUGGAAUGAAGCAUAAAUGUGGCCCGGGRAGAGUAAAAGAGAUUUUAACAAAACAAUAAUCAGAAGGACCUGGUUGUAUAGAGGCCCAAAAGUGCCACAAUUUAAUAAAUGAGACUGAAUGUGCUAAUACUGAAUUUUGUAAUUGUAAGAAAAUACAGAUAAUUUGAUAAAUGGAUAAUUAUAAUUAUUUAUUAUAAUAAAUAAACACAUGGUUACUGUGUUUAUAGGACACAGUAAUGUGUCCUAUAAACACAUGAUUCUUCGCUUCUGUUUAYUUUGAAAGAAGUAUAUUGGAGCAUGUAGUCAAUUAGAUGUUAAGCACAUCCAUGCAWCAUCUUUUUAUUGGCUAUGCUUUUAUCAUAUAGGAACCCCUGCAUGUCAAUGUUUACAUCCCGAAGUUGUAGCUGGAGGGCAAAUAUACUAUUCUUUUACAUGCUACCCAUAGCUGUGUUGUCAUGUAGAACAAUCAUGUUAUCUUAAAAGAAACCUGGAUACGUUCGUAUUAUUAAUUUAGGGCUGUGUGCCACAGCAAAUGGUAAAAUAACGCAGAAAAACAACUUAAAACCACUUUUUUCCUCCUUGGGCUAAGCUGCAGUCUCGUUGCCAUAGCAACUGACAACACCACUUUAUGCGUCAGGAUUCAACACCAAAAAAAAAAAAAAAAAAAACACUAAAACGUUUCAUACACAAAGACCAGCACAUUCAGUCCGUUACAGUAUCAUGUUUUUAGGCUUGAUGUUUAUUUUUGCGAUUAUUCAGAUAAGCAAUCGCUGUGGUAGAUUAGCUACCGCUGCUAUUAGCUAGGCUAACACUGCGGCGGUUGAUUAGCUAAACUUGCUCUACUGAUGAUCUGUUAGAAUUGGUAUGUCGAUUGCUUUAUUUUUAACUGAAACCAAACACACCAAAUUCCACAUCACGUCUACUUGUUAAGGUUGUCAACUACUUUCCUCUCCCUCGCCAUUUCUUAAAACGUUUUUCCGAACAUUCAUCUGAACAUUCUGAAAUCGAAUGUUCAGAUGACGUUGGCAUGAACGUUCGCCGACGUUUACCGGACAAUUUAAAACACCAUUAARCGUUAUAGAUGUAGUAUUGGCACAACUAGUGUUGUAGCAAAGCAUUAUGUUCCUUUAAUAAGACAAAUAGAUUUGAAACAGACAAGCUCAGAGGCUGUUCUUUUCCAGGCGCUCCAGUCAAAGGAAAAUCAAAACGGAAAUAAACCGGUGAGUAGGUCUCUCUCUGUUUURGUGACGCUGAGAAAUUCCCAAUCCCAGAAUUCCCACAAGCCCCUGAUCACUUCAGCAGACCACCAAAUCACAAACUCUGCAGAAGAAGAAGAGAGGAGGGAAACACGGGGAUGUUUUCUUAUCAUGGUUGGACUGAGCGCAAAAAGAGGCUUGUAUUCAAUAUUUCUAAYACUUUUCUGCGUGAACUUUGUGUUUAUCAAGACAUCCGCACAAUAUGAGAGCUACAGCUUCAGAAGUUUUCCCAAAGMAGAACUCCUUCCUCUCACCGCAGCCUACGGACUGGCGCUGGACAGCUACGCAGCAGGAAACUGGACCGAAUCCAUCCAGUACUUGGAGCUGAGUUUGCGUUUGCACCGACUUCUCAGGGAAAGUGUGCGGUUCUGCUCGGUCCAGUGUAGCCGCAGCGGUCAUGAGGAGCCGCUUUUCCCCGCUGCAGCCCCGGAUCUAAGCGUCUGCUGGCGCGUCGUGCGGACGGCGUCCUGUCAGAAGAAGUGCAGGGCGCAUUUCCCGGUCCUGCAGCUGCCGCCUCCCGGCACCGAGAUCCUGGAGGAGUUCAGCAAAAGAUCCCCGUACAGAUAUCUGCACUUUGCUCACGCUGAGCUGGACGACCUGCAGCGGGCCGUCCCGUGUGCCUACACCUUCCUGCAGAGGAACCCUGAGGACCAGGAGAUGCUGCAGCUGAUGGAGGAGUACAAGAAUGAGUACGACCUUGUCGGCUUCCUCAUCGACCACGAACAACGACUUUAUGAGCCAUCUUUUGUUAGCGGCGUGAAGCUUGUCGACUUGGGAAAGUACAGCAGCGGCUCUGAGCGCCUGGAGGAAGCGCUGAGGCUCUACCUGCAGGAGUACGACCUCUGCCAGGCCGAAUGUGACGGGGUCGGCCAUUUUUCUUCACACACAGACUUCUACGCUCUGUUAGCUGAAGUCUACUUUGACACGUUAAAAUGCAAGAUAAAGUGUGAGGAAAACCUAAAGCCCAACGUUGGCGGCUACUUCGUGGAGAACUUCGUUCCCACCAUUUACCACUACCUCCAGUACGCCUAUUACAAACUGAACGACGGGCGCAGAGCCGUGCCCUGUGCGUACAGCUACUUCCUGUUCCAGCCUGAAGACCCGGUGAUGAAGGACAACCUGCUGUACUACGAGGCCUACAGCCCACAGUGGGGCCUGCAGGCCCACCACUUCACACCCAGAACAGAAGCUCUUCGAUUCUACAACCAGACCGUCACUCAAAAACAGAUGGUGACGUUUCUAAUAAAGUACUUGGAGACAAAUGAUGAGGGUUUUAGUGGACCAGAAAAAGAUCCACUGUUGUCCUCUGAGUCUCCUGACGCCGAGUUUGAUGGUGUGGGAGAUUAUGAAGAGUCCAUGUUUGCAAAAUGGAGGCAGAAGAAAGGAAAAGGAGACGCAGGAGAGGCCGACAUCUGAGCUCAACCAUUUACAUCUUCAACCUUUAGGAAUGUUAGAUACUUACAUUUAUUUAAAAUGGUACCAUAAUAAUAAUUUUAAGCAGUACAUAGUUGUCAUUAAGUUUUUUUGUCACAUUAAAUAUCCAAAAAGAGUUUGAAAUGAUUCACCAGACUUUUCCUUUACAUCACAAAAAACAAAUUAUUUAGCUUUUUGUUUUUAUUCUUUAUUGUAACUUUUAGUUUUGCUCCAUUCAGCUWAAUUAUAAAGCACCUUUUCCAGUUGUAUUUGUUUUAAAAUAUUUUAUAUAAAUAAAUGACAUUUAAGUU